AUGGGUCGUAGUGGGGGUCUCUGGUUACUAUGGCAAGAUGAUAUUGAUGCUGAAAUUAUCUCAUUCUCAAAGAAUCUGAUCCAUCUUCAAGUUAAUCAAAAUGGUGCUUUUCGCAGAUGGAAUCUAUUUUGUGUUUACGGACCUCCAAAUAGACAAGAAAGAGGUGAAUUCUGGCACAGUCUAUCUAUUUAUGCUCAACAAGUAGAUGGACCAAAAUGUUUUAUAGGCAAUUUCAAUGCAAUCUCUUCAGUGAGGGAAAAAUUUGGAGGAGAUCAGUCUCUUAAUGGUACAAUAACACCUUUUAACAAUUUUACAAGAGACAAUCAUCUUUUGGAUUUGGGUUUUUCUGGACCGGCAUUCACUGGGACAAAUGGAAGACAGAUGCAGCCCUUAAUUAGACAACGUUUGGAUAGAGUUGUCGCAUCUCCAGAUUGGUGUUUAAUGUUUGAAAAUUCAGGAGUAUUACAUCUUCCAAGAUUAUCAAGUGACCAUUCUCCAAUCAUUUUGAAUAUGUGCAGAUCAAUCCCGAGAAAUCCUCCGUCAUAUAAAUUCGAAGCAUACUGGUGCAACCAUCCAGAUUUUCUUAAGGUUGUUCUAGAAAGCUGGAAUAUUAAUAUCUCAGGUGACUUAAUGGAUGCAGCUGAUAAUAUUUCCAUUACAUCUGUUCCUUCAACGGAUACUAUAUGGAAGGUGGUCAAAAACAUGAAUCCAUUUGGUUCACCAGGACCUGAUGGAUUUCCGGUGAUAUUUUACAAGAAAAGUUGGUCUGCUGUUGGAGAUGAUAUUGUUAAAUUCAUUCAAGAGAUUUUCACUUAA